AUGACCCCGUCCUCAACAUCGCUGUCGCGCACCGAGACUCUCAGUCUCCUAGCGCUGACAGUCGCCUGCGUCGCCGUUCUCGCGAAUACCUUCCAGGGCGAUGGCGAGCCGCUCAUUGCGUCGCUUGCCCUCAGCGGCAUCGCAUACGCUGCUACAUUUGCCAUGAUCCGCUGGCUUGGUCCGACCUUCAUCAAGGCCGGCCUCAAGGGCGUCGACAUGGCCAAGCCCUACCGAAAGGAGAUACCCGAGUGCAUGGGCGCCCUUUGUGCCGCCGUGUACCUGCUGGUCGUCAUCAUCUUCAUUCCUUUCCCUUUUUACAAGGACAUUGUCGCGGCGACGAGCGGAGGCGGAAACAGAGACGUGGUGCUGCACGUCGAGCAUGUGCAGCAGGGCCGCUUUCUGCAUCGCUUUCCGCACAGCAAGCUCGCUUCGUACUUGUCGGCCAUCAUCUCGUUACAGUCGAUCGCGCUGCUCGGCAUCGGCGACGACCUGUUCGACAUACGCUGGCGACACAAGUUUUUCAUACCCGCUUUCGCCUCGAUCCCGCUCCUCGUCGUCUACUUCGUCGACUUUGGCGUGACAUCGAUUGUGAUACCCAUUCCACUGCAGCCGUACCUGGGCGAGCUCUUCGACCUCGGGGCGCUCUACUACGUCUACAUGGCCGGCGUGGCCAUCUUCAGCCCGAACAGCAUCAACAUCCUGGCCGGCAUCAACGGGAUCGAGGUGACGCAGUCUAUCGUUAUCGCCCUUUUGUUGGCGAUUAAUGAUUGCUUGUACCUGCUGACGCCUUAUCCACACCCCGCGACCGACUCGCACCUGUUCUCGCUCUACUUCCUCCUUCCCUUCCUGGGCGUGUCAUUCGCGCUGCUCUGGCACAACUGGUAUCCGGCGCGGGUGUUUGUCGGCGACACGUACUGCUACUUUGCCGGCAUGGUCUUUGUCGUGGUCAGCAUCCUCGGCCACUUCAGCAAGACACUGGUGCUGCUCCUCAUACCGCAAAUCUUCAACUUUGUCUACUCGACGCCCCAGCUGUUUGGCCUGGUGCCCUGCCCGCGCCAUCGCCUGCCGCGAUUCAAUGCCAGGACUGGCCUACUGGAGCCGAGCGUCACGCCAUGGACGGCGGAGCGGCAGCCCAAGCCGCUGGUCGCGUGGGGCCUGAGGCUGUUGGGUAAGCUAGGGCUGCUGAAGAUCACGCUGGACCAAGAAGGAAAGAUAGUGGAAACGAGCAACUUUACGAUUCUCAACCUCUGGCUAGUCUGGAGGGGCCCACUACGCGAAGACCGGCUGGCGCUUGAGAUCACGGCAAUGCAGACGGCCAUUGGCAUGUUUGGCUUGUUUGUGAGGCACGGCCUGGCACUGCUGGUUUUCAAGGAGGACAAUUGGAGCGUGACGAUGGGCAGAUGGUGA